AUGACAGCAACGGCGAUCUCGGGCGGGAAGAGGAGAUCCCGCUCGGAAGGAGAGAGCGAUAGAGCCAGUUCGGAGCACGCAUCAAGCCCGGCACCGUCGUCACGUUCAUACUCGAAGCAGCAGAUCCGGCAUCGUGCCUCGAUCGCCUGCGCCUCUUGCCGCGAGAGGAGGAUACGGUGCGUCGUGGGUGAGGGAGAGUCUGAAUGCGCUCAGUGCAAGAGGACAGGGGCUCCCUGCAUCAUCAAGGAUGACGACGAGAGACGGCGACCGAUCUCGAAGGCAUACAUGUCAUCUUUGUCAAGCAGAAUUGCCUUGCUCGAGGAGAUGCUCAAAGAACGCGGCGUCGUCCCUCCUCCAGCGGUACACCCGCCCAAGACGAGGCAAGAAGCGCAGGCGAGGCAACAGCAGGAACAGCACAAACCCCAGAGCGACAGCGGGAGAUUGGAGAGUGCCGACUUGGAACCGAAGCUGGCCCCACGGCCCCUGAACCGACCACCAACUCCGCCUGGGUCAGGGGAUGAGGAUGUCAUCAUGGUCGAGCCAGAGCCGCCCAAGCGCCUCCCAUCCGCCAACCGCACGUCCUUCCGUCUGAUUGACCCCUUACUGCUCCAGGAACCUGAGCCUAAGAAGGAGGCUGGGACGCGUCACCUUCUAAGCGCAAAGGGGAGCUACAUUCUUGACCAGGCUGCCGGCAGGACCAGGUUUUUUGGUCCAACCGCCAACAGUCAUGUGCAUGCCAGAUCUUCAAGCACUUUCGUACAGCGACAUCGGUCCGAGUGCGAUCUCAGGGCGGAGCAGCUCAUCGAGUCUCUUGGACCGGCAACCUACGAUCACCUGAUGAGGUGCUUCUGGGAAUACUACAACUCUUGGCAACAGGUGGUUGACGAGUCAGCCUUCGAGGCGGGCAGAACAACCCAGGACGCGAGAUUUUAUUCUCCGUUCCUUCACCUCGCCAUGCUCGCCAUCGCCUUUCGCUUUGCCGACUGGCACAGGGACGACAUGAAGAUGAUCAUCCUCGGGAACCGGGAGAGCACAUUCCACCGGGAGACCAAGUCCAUGUUGGAAAUCGAGCUGGAGAAGCCUGGUGGCAUUCCCAGUGUUCAGGCUCUGCUCAUGCUGGCUGAUUUGGAGUGUGGUGUUGGCCGGGAUACAACUGGCUGGAUGUACUCGGGCAUGGCGAACCGGCUGGCUUUUGACAUUGGACUCCACGCCAACACGACUGGGGCAGGCCUGUCAGAACUUGAAAUACAUACAAGACGGCAGGUUAUGGCGGCGUGCGUCAUAUUUGACAGGAAGUGUGCCCUCCUCCUCGGCCGUCCGACCGCGAUCAAGGCCCAGGAUAUUGGGGUCGAUGUCCUCCCGACGGUCACUGAGAAGUCUUCAGUUGAUACGACUAUCGCUACCGUGGCAACGCCCGCGGCUAUCAACCGGCAGAUGUUCGAGCUACUAGAGCUGGCAGGAAAGGUGGCUGACUUCCAGAAUUCGACGUAUGGGCUCGGCCAUCUGUUCCCAACCAAAGCUGCGGAGGACCGAGCCUAUCUCCAUUUCGUCGGUCUCGAGCGUCUGUUUCACAACUGGUACCGCAGGCUUCCCGAGAACUUGGCUUGGAAGCCGUUGAACAUAAAGUCUGCACCUAUGGGGUUCUUCAUGCUCCACCAGCAGUUCCAUGUGUGCAUGAUUCUCCUGCACAGACCUUGGGCGAAGUACGGUCCCUUGUCGCUAGAUGGGGCGGUUGCUGCCCGCUAUCCGAGUCCCCAAUCGCCCGGUCGGGAGGACGGCUCGAGCCUCCCUCCGUGGAUGGCGCCGCUCCAGCACCACGACAACAGAGCCUCCAUGUCUCGGAGCAUGUGCACACAGCAUGCCAUUCGCAUCGCUCGCAUCUUCUGGCAUCACCGCCAGCGCUUCGAUGGGAAACGGGUCCUCCUGUCGGUGGUUCAGCAUGCAGGCACAGCAGCCCUAGCUCUGAUGGCUGCCCUGGCACAUAAGAGUGCCGAGCUUGACCAUCAGAGCAACCUGCGCUAUCUGCAGGUGCUCUCGUCUGCUAUUUACGACAUGAGCCACCUGUAUCAACCAGCUGCAAGGAUGUACCAGCUGCUCAAGACGAUGCUUGUCGAGAUCCGGUCCGAGAUGGUCAAGACGGGCGGGUUUGAGGUUAGCGCAUUUGUUGGCCGGUACCAAGGCAGCAACAGCAGCGGUAGGAUCUUCGGGAGCAGCCAUUGGCCUGCCGCCGCCGACAAUGCCUCGCUGUCAACUGAUCGGCUAGAGACGAUUCAAGAAGAGGACCGCGCCGUCAAGCGCCGCCGUCUUUCUAGCCUCUCGUCUGUAGACCUCUCUUUUCUCACGCCGUCGUUUCCAAUCGCCGCACUCCAAGGAUGCCCAAGCCCUGCGGGGUCGUCCCAGAGCCAGGGCACCGUCAACCCCAUGACACUGGACCAGAAUCCAGGCGAGUCAGGCACAUUUGACCUCGACCUCUUCCACUCCUCGUUUGUCGAUUUCGUCAACAGCGGCGGUGAAGGCGUCACAUCCCAGGAUUGGGCGCCUCACAACGCACCACAGAACACAGAGGCCCCGCUUCCGAUGCUGAUUCCCACCGCAUCAGGAGACCUUUCGUUGGUGAGCUGCAACGGAAAUGGUGCCGCACCCAAAUCCCGCGAACCUUCCACCAAUAUCACAAGCCCUCCCCCUCCCGCCUCUACCCUUACUAUCCCGCUACCUGUCUCUGCAGCGGUGGUUGAUGACGACGAUACCACAGUCGACAAGACCAUCGAGGAAUGGCUCGCCGAACCCUCCAAACCAGCCAUCACGGCCCCAGCCGACACCCUCCAGCAACCCGCCGCCCAUGACAGCAACUUACAAACAGAAAUCUCCGUCCCAGCUACGAUCAACGCAUCCCCACCCUCUAUCCACGGCCACCUCUCCCACGCCACGGUCGACGGCACGCCCAUCUGCCGCGAUCCGGCCAUCCUCUCCUUCGAAACAGAGCUCGGCGUCGGUUUUAGCCUGGGGCCCGACACCACCACCACCCUCAACCCUUCGGCCUCCUCCUCCUCAUCAUCUUCUUCCUCAGACAUUGUUGCCAGCGAUGGCGACACCGUCGAGGCAGCAAUCGACUGGCUCUCCACCACCACAACUACCAGCCCGCCUGUUGCUGCUUGCGCUGUGUCAAUGUCAGCCACCACCACUACCGCUGCGGAUGAGGUUGGAGUUGGCGUCGGGGCUCCCGAGGCGGAUGUAAGAGCUACCGUGGCUGUUGUCCCGCCUAUGACGCCUGUCACGUUGGAUGAGCUGGUGCAGAGUGUGGAGGAGGCGGUGGGCUCGGCAAGGGCUAGGGCUAGGGCGAGGGCUGCUGCUACUGGAGGUGGUGGUAAUUGCGGGAAUGGGGCUGGUGCGGUGUCGCCGGCUGGGAGGAAUCGGGAGUUGGAUUUCUUGAGCUUGUGA